UGGCUGAUGGAAGGCAGUGUGUUUGAGGCGCUGCAGGCAGGAGUUGUUUGAAGAACCAUGUCAGCUCCUCUUCUGAUGUAAACAGGGAUACCUUUCGCUUUUAUUCGAUUUUGAUUUCCAAACACCAGCGAACAUGCACGAUGCAACUUAUUUCAACAGGGACGUUUUUUUUCACCAAAAGCGCGUUGGACUUUAGUGUGGAAUUAUCUAAACUUUUCCUUGUUCCCCGGCAGAACUCAUGAAACCCUCUACAGAGCGACGGGUUUAUGGACUCGCCUAUUAGCUAAUGAUGUCUAUGGGUUUUACGCCUGACAGUCUGAAUGGCUCCGAUCCCUCCAAAUCGGCCUUUUUAGAGUUUGGCCACGGACAUCCAGCGCACCAGCAGCACUCCUCUGGGCUCUCGCACAUUUACCCCGUUCAUGGCCUGCACGCUGCUGGGCAUUCCCAGCACGAAAGUCCUUUUCCUGGCAACACGUCUUAUGGCCGCUCUUUGGGAUACGCCUACCCAGGCGCGAUGAACACUCACCCCCAGUCCGCUUACAUGUCCUACCAGCACAGCAGUCACAACAGCAGCAGCAGCAGUCUGGCCCACAGCAGAUUAGAGCAGACAGAUCAUGACAAGUCCAUGGUGAUCGACAACAGGGAUAUUCGUCUGAAUGGCAAAGGGAAGAAAAUCCGUAAGCCUCGGACUAUAUAUUCCAGCCUGCAGCUGCAGGCUCUGCACCAGCGCUUCCAGCAAACCCAGUAUCUGGCCUUACCGGAGCGAGCCGACUUAGCAGCCAAGCUGGGGCUCACCCAGACUCAGGUAAAAAUCUGGUUUCAGAAUAAACGUUCAAAGUAUAAAAAGAUCAUGAAGCACGGUAACGGAUCGGAGGGAGAGCACCUCCACAGCACCAGUUCCAUCUCUCCCUGCUCGCCCACCUUGCACCAGCUAUGGGAAGUCUCGACGGCGAGCAAAGGAGCUCCAGUGCACCCAAACAAUUACAUGAACAGUUUUGGCCACUGGUACCCAAACCACCACCCUCACCAGGACGCGAUGCCGAGGCCUCAGAUGAUGUGAGUGGAUUGUUGUUUUGGUCCGGCUCAGGUCAUUUGGCGCGCCAUAUUUGAUGCGAACUUUAAGCCACGGUGAACAAGUUUCUCACAAGGCCUCCUCUCGGAACUGGACUCUGUUUAAAGCAUGUUAAAUAGACUGUGUGCACUGUGUUUUGUGUGCGUUUUGAAUUCAAAUUUCAUUGCAAAAACAGGCACCAUUUUUUUUCCUCUGAGUUUGCAAUGUCACUGCAGCCCCUGUCAUGCGACCUCACUGAAUUGUGGACUUGUGUGUGCAGUUUAACAGGACACUACAUAAAAGUACUUCUGGAAAAAUAUUGUGUGUGCAUGGAUUAUUUUACUGGGGAAAUAAUUACGGCACUAUACAGUUAAUAUGUGCAUUACACAAGCAAUUCUUGUAUAGCUGCUGCUUUACUGGAGAAAUUUUCAGUUUAACCUAAAUGGUUUUUGAGUUUUCUUCACCAGGCA